CAGACAUGUUUAUUUCAGUGUAGCUGAUGUAUGAGACUUCUACUUCUUACAUUGGCACAAUAUCAGAAUUAUUACCUUUGGUAAACUGAGGAGGAAGCUCGGUUUUCUCCCAAACCGAAUCACACCAGCUGUGGAGUGAUUUAGGAGGUAAUUGGUGUCCACCACUCCCGAUGCAUGGGCAGCCACAUUAAACAGGCUUGCAAUAUUCUGCAUAAUCAACAUAAUAAUUUAUAGAUAUUUAAAGUGGCUAAAAAUGUCUUUGCCAGCAAAUCUGAACAUUUGUUAAUAUCAGUUUUAAAAUGAUCAAGUAAAUGUUGCACAAAUAAGUUAAACAUGAACUUAAAAAAUACAAUCACACAAAUAGCUCUGUCAACUGCUGAUGUGGACGAAAAGAAUGAAGCUCUGAAUGAAACAUGCUUCGACGCGUGAUUUGUGAAGGGACAACUGCUACGUCUGUGUCCCUCUUUUUCUAAAGUAAGGUUAACUCUCAAUCAGAAGAAACUUGUUCAUGCAUUGAAGACUUACAGUAAAGCUGGACAGUUUCAAAGAGCAAGUAUGAUCUGCUAAAAUGACUGUUUUGCAUUUGACUAGCUUGUAAGCUUUGAGAAUGAACUUGCAACUGAUCACAGUAUGUAUCUUAAUCCUAUGUUUUAUCAGUCAUCAAUUGUGAUUACAAAAAAUCUUUAAAUUAGUGUGUUGCAUCUAUCUAGCCUAGUAGAAUUAUUUAACAUUAGUCUUGUGUUGCUAGGUCAUGUGACCUGAAAGCUAUAAAAAAGAAAUCAUGGAUUUUGAUGAAAAAAACAAAAUUCAUAAAAAACAGAAAAUACAUGAAAAUCAGAUAAAAUGAGCGUUUCUCAUUUAUUCAGUCUAGUUGAAUGUUUUAACAUUACUUUUGUGUCACUGGGUCCUGUUACCUAAAAGCCAUUCAUUUUUUUGUUCUCAACAGUGUUUGGUUCGGAGAUUUAGUGACGGUCCCUAAACGAACCACCGUGUGUGGAAGGAGGGGACAGGCAGAGACCUGCUGCCCGUAAUCAGACAGCCAGCAUCGGUUCAAACAGGACGGGGACGCCGCUGAAUCUACGGAGCACGAAAAUCCAACAUCCAACCUAAAAGCAAGUUCUUAUUCUUCAUCUCUUCUCUCUGCUCCUUCUUAAACUCAGCUUUAUUCUGAUUGCUGUAUAGAUGUCUUCCUUUGGAUCCAUUAUCCCACUGAAUUCACCACUGUUUUAUGGUUUCAGCUGCAGUUCCGCGUUGGGCUAAAUAAAGAAAUAUGCUAUGUGAGCAUCAGCAGCCAUCAGACUGACCAAUCCUGCGCGGCGGAGCGUGACGUCAGCCCUGCCAGCGUGGAACGUACGUCGCUCUGCAGGUCCAGGAAGUAAACUGUCCGGUUCGGUCAGUGGUUAACAGAAAUCUCACACGGAAGCAGAUCAUUAAAUACGCGAUUAAUUCAAGCACUGCAAUUAAACAUUUCUCUUUCCCGGAGACCUCUGCAGGGAUUUCCCGGCGUUCCUGUGUCCCCUUUCCACGGAGCGCAGAAGUCAAGCUAUCAGCUGUGGACUUUAAAGAAAACAAACACUCUUCCUAGAUGAUGGUUGACACUGCAAUCGCUAAGGUGGGAAAAAAUCUGAGUGAAGCCAUGAGGAUCCUUGGAGAUGGACAGAUGGAGCCGGAUGCAGCCACAGAAAGCAGACGUUUCAGUAGAACCAGCAUGCCUGGACCCCUGCAGGGAGAUGGUCAGGAUGUAACCACUAUACUGCACCUUGUUCACCACCUCAUUCAUGAUGAGGAAGAUGAUGAGGAGGGGAAGGACAGGCCCAGCCAACCGAUGCAGAAUGUGGGGGAACAGGGACACAUGGCCUUGCUGGGCCACAGCCUGGCAGCCUACAUCUCAGUUCUGGACAGGGAGCGACUCCGGAAGCUAACCACUCGGAUUCUGUCUGACACUACACUGUGGCUCUGCAGGAUCUUCAGGUAUGAGAACGGCUCCGCCUAUUUCCAUGAGGAUGACAGGGACGGCCUUGUGAAGGUCUGUCGGCUUGCUAUUAAUGCCCGUUAUGAGGAAUAUACAACUGAAGGCUAUGCUGUUUUAAGUUCCAAGCAGCCAAUGAUCUACCAAAGUGCCUCCUGCAGGCCUGGCCUGGGACAACACCUAUGCAGCCAGCUUGGCUUGCCUCUGUCCAGCCUGUGCACGGUGCCAUGUAACACCAUCUUUGGAUCCCAGCACCAAAUGGAUGUUGCCCUGUUGGACAAACUGAUCAAAGAGGACAUAGAUGCUGGGAAGCUUCCUUUGCUGUUGAUUGCCAACGCAGGAACCCCUGGAGCAGGUCAUACAGACAAACUAAGUCGUCUGAAAGAGCUGUGUGAUCAGCACAGUAUAUGGCUUCAUGUAGAGGGGGUCAACCUUGCAACCCUGGCACUGGCUCAGGUCACCUCUGCUGUCAUGGCAGCCACCAGAAGCGACAGCAUGACUCUGACACCUGGUCGAUGGCUUGGACUGCCUGCAGUGACUGCGGUCUCCCUCUACAGACACGAAGACCCAGCCCUGUCUCUGGCAGCAGGUCUGACCUCCAGCCAGCCUGUGGAGAAGCUGCGAGCUCUGCCUCUGUGGCUCUCCCUGCAGUACCUUGGGCACAAUGGUAUUGUUCAAAAGAUCAAACAUGCUGCAGCUUUGAGCCAGCAUCUCCUGCUGAAGCUAAAGUCUGUGGCAUGUGUCAGAACAUCGGUUGAAGAUGAACAAAACUCUCCUGUUGUGCUGUUUAAGUAUUCCCAGGAGCUGUGUGCUGGAUCCAGUGGGGGAUCAGUGGAUGGUUUCUGUGCUGGAGAGAAGGAAGUGCUGGAUACCUUCAACAGAUGGCUAGCUGAGGAGCUUGCUCAUCUAGUUCCCUGUAGUGGAGUGGAUGUGGUGGAGCAUGAAGAUGAAGGAGACUGGGUUCGUUUCAGCCCCCUCCUCACAGCUGCAGUGCUGGGUACCCAACAGGAGGAUGUUGAUGAACUGGUGCAGAAGCUACUAGAGCUGGUGCCUAUGAUGUCGUCCACAAUGAGCUUAAGACAGGACUUUAGAGAGGAGACCCACCGCCGUGCCCCCUUUCUCACAUACAUAGAGGAACUCAGCUGGCCUGGUCUGGGAGCAGUCCGGUAUGAAUCCCAGGCUGAAGGAAUAGAUGAGAGCAGAAGGGAGCAGGAGCUGAAGAAAAUUAACAAAGCACUGCUGACGAAACUACAAGAGCUUGAGACGGACAUCUUCUUCUCCUCAGGCCCUGAGUUUGUGACAGAAGAGAACUGCAUCUUUGUAGGCAUGGUCGCUGAUGACGUUGAUGUAUCAGAGCUGGUGGAUACGAUAUCUACACUGGGAAGAGACAUAGAAGAGAGUGGGAGGUUAUUGGAGAACAUGACAGAGCGGGUGAGGAAAGGCAUCUUGGAGGCAGAGCUGCAGCUGCAGAAGGCCAACGAGGAGAAACUCAUGGAGGAGGGGAUGCUGAGACAGCUUCCUUUGGUUGGCUCUGUGUUGAACUGGUUCUCUCCAGUUGGAAGCUCCAUAAAGGGAAGGACUUUUAACCUGGCAGCAGGCUCUCUGGAUUCUACAGAUGUGACUUACUCCACCAAAGUCCAGGCAGGCAGGACGUCCCUGCAAGACACCCCCACCCUUUCAUCAAAGAAAGUCUCAGGUCGGAAGUUAUUUCGGCGCCCAGGCGUAGGUUCCGACUCGAUGAGUGAAACCAGCUCCAUUGGGCCAGCUGAUGAGACAUCCAGGGAGGAGUGCACCUCAGUGAGCACUAACCUCCUCCCAUCCAUGACUCAACCUGAUAAACUGGAUCACGCUGCAAGAAGACCACCAAAUAUCCAAGGGACACCAGAGCAGGUAGAAGCUGAGGAGGAGAGGCAGCCUGAAGGCCAAGAGGUGGAUCUGAGUGGGAGAUAGUUGAACUCCAUCUCCAUCCGUCCUGUACAUGAACCCAGUCCAAUAUGUGCUAGAAUGAGAAGCCGGGAAUAAAACGUCUGCAGGAUCUAUAGGGCAAGCUGAACAGUUUCAACUGGGUUGUUUGUCUCUCAUUUCAGAGUUCAGGAUGCCAAACCAAACGAAGCAGUCCGCCUCUGUGAUUUACUGGGAACUCGGAUCAGUGCAUUUCUACUUAAAUGAAUCUGAUAGUCUUCCUCUCUUCUAGACCUCUCUGACCAGUGUGCUUCUUCACAAUGAUCGGCCACUCCUACUGACACACGAGAAUCAAGUAAAAUGAGGAAAUGAAAGUUUGUCAAUAAAGUGAGUUGGUGACUUUUAGAUUAGAGAAGUAAGCAUGUUAAUUUUAAGGCUUUCUGAUGAAUGGAUCCCAGGAAUCCAGAUGAGCUCACAUAUCAUGCCAGGUAAUAUUCUUCACCUGGCCUGUUAUUAUCUCCUAUAAAUUCAGAUUAAAUAUAAGUAUUUAAAAACACAAAGAUAUAAAAAUUUAUUUCAUAUAAAAUCACUAACUGUUACAACACUGAUCUCCUUGUAAAGCCUGGACCACCACAUUCAGGCAGGCUCAUCUCAACAGUGUAAUAAUGGUGUAACAGAAUCACUAAAGGCAGAAAAAAAUGUAGCAUUCCUUUGACUCCUAGUAAGUUGUGGUCUGUAAUGUUCUGGUUGGACGUUUAUAUUCACUCAUCAUGGGGCAUAAAUGUUGUAUGAAUUUUGUGCUUUCUUUUUCUAGGGUUGAAUCAUUAUCCAACAAAGAACGUCAGUGACCUAACAAGAAUUUGGUGCACAAGUUGGAAUGUUUUGCUUUUUUAGUGCAGGGUAAAAACGAUACAUAUAGGCUGCAGUAUAUAGAUUAAUUCCCAUUAAUAUUUGGUUAAAUAUUCCACAGCAUAUUGCAUUUGACCACAUGUUUUUACAGCCACCAACAAGCUUUUGGUGGCUGGUUGUUCCAUACGUUUUGAACAGGGUUCAGGUCGGGACUUAAUGUAUCCUAUAAAUCAGUUUUGAUGUCCUCCUCCUUUGUUAGCAUCCCAUCAGUUCAUGGUGACGGAACUGACGAGUUAUUGUUCCGAAAAAGGCUCUAAAAGGCUUGUGUAAACCUUCAAUUCUCCUCUUUAGAUCUCCAAUUCCUUGGAAUCCCUGAUUGUUCUGAAAAUUGGCCAGUCCAAUGUGCUGAGAAGCAAAUCUUUAUUUCUGCUUGUAAAAACAAAAUACCAGCUGCUUUAAUCUUCAGACUUCUCAAGUUAAGACAUUCUGGUCAAAGUGUAUAUAUUUGACCCUCUAUAUAUAAUUCAGACCCUGUGUGGAUAAGAGAAAAUUCACAAUAAAUUCAUACUUGUGCAUCCAAUUCAUGUUUUAAAAAUGUUUGCAGUUGUUUGCUUUAUCAUCAUUCCACCUGGAAAAACACUUUAAAUAAGCCAUUAAAGCCCCAAAUUCAGAAGACAUCUUUGCCCACAAUGAUUAGAUGUGAACAUCUGACCACCACUGUAGUUGUUUAUGAAGUCAUGAAUCAUGAGAAAUGAUAAGUUGGUACAACUGAAGGAUAAGCAGGCAUUGCAUUGAGAGAUGUGUAAUAUUUGAAGAAGUUCAAUGAUAUUUAUAUAGAACAUUUUCUGAGCAAUUAUAAUUAAACUGCAUAUUUGCAAGAAAAUAGAUGGUAGUUGAAAAUCAUAAUAAAAUGUCUAAUUUAAUAUGAAAAUGUUAAACCUGAAGAACAAGCUUGAGUUUAGUCUAAAAAUGAAGCAGAAUUCUAAUGUUGGCCAGAUUUUUACUAACAAACGUAAUCGGAACAAUAGCUCAGACAGUCCACACAUGUUCUGUUACAGUCUCACAUUGUUCCAGUAUGGUUUGAUUUAUGAAACCAAAAUAUUGAAUUUUAAACUUUAAAAACAGACCGUUUUGUUAACCAGAAAAGUUUAUAUUUAUUCAACUUAUGGCAUAAAAAAACAAUUCUCUUUAAUGAAACAUGUAUCUGUUGGCAUAACUGAUGACAUCAGAAAUGAGCUGUUGAAGUUGCACAGAUUUUAUUUAACUAUAAAAACCAAAAGCGUUUUACAGCUUCAGUUGUAGAUCAGAGAAAUAAAAUCGAAUUCUUUUUA